AUGCAGCUGAGUUCUGGAAACCCCCAUGGAAAUUCAAAUGAAACAAUGUCAAACAAUCAGGUUGAAGAUCUGGAUACCGAUGAAAACCCAGAUUCUUUCCUAGAUGGGUCUGUCAUGGAGAAGAUCCUCCAGAGGCGAAGCUUGCGCAUGCGAAAUAUGCAGAGAGCUUGGUUGGUAAGGAAAUAUUCGCCGUUGCUCCUCGGCGUUGGAUGUACAGAGAAAACAGAUUGGCCACGCUCUAACUAUAUGGGUGAAAUGGCCAUAUCACAGUCUUUAUCCGAAUACAAUAGUUCUUCAAUAUCCAUGCCUUGUUUUCCUACAACUUUGAGAUCACAUAGUCUCCCUUCUGGUUUGAAUGAAGUUUCAGCCGGACCUGUUGCUUCUUGUGACCAGAAUGACUUGAUGUGGGUACAGCCUGGAGAUAUAAAUGGUUUGAAGGGGCAGCUGCUUCCCAGCGAGGUUGGGUCUGCUCUGCGUAAUGAUCAAAUGGGAUUACCGGUUUUGCGUAAAAAGAAAAGGCUUAUGUUUGAUGAUAAGGGCUGA